AUGUCGACGGUCCGGCGCUUACGCGACAAACUGGCGAAAGCGCACCUGACGACGACGGCCGACCGCACGGAGACGGACGACGAAGGCGACGACGAGCAGGAGCGCAGCUUCGGCGCGCUGAACCGUCAGUUCGCCGAGCGCUGCACCGCGCACGGAUUCAACCGCAUCGCGUCCACCCGUAACCUGCGCCGAUUCCUGUGGAUCGCCGUCGUGGUGGUGGCGGUGGGUGGGUUCCUCUACCACAUCAGCUUCCUCACCGCAAACUACUUCUCGUACCCGAUCAUGACGGCCACCGAAGAAGUGCACGCCGAAGAGCUCCACUUUCCGUCCAUAACCGUGUGCAACCUGAACCUGCUGCGCAAGAGCUCCUUCGACGACUACCUCAAGGACAUCGCGGCCCGGGCGGGCAACCCAAGCAACGCUGCCACGACGACCGCUGGGCCGGACGGCGGUGGCGGCGGCGGCGGCGGCGCUGUGAGGACGGCGCACGGCAAGACGCGGGACAUGUUCUCGCCCGCGUCCAAGGGCUACUCCGGCAGUGGAAGUGGCGGGAACGGCGUGGACGACGACGAGGAGGAGGUCUGCUACAAGUCGGUCGACGAGUUCCUCAAGAGCAGCCGCACUAUGGACCUGAGCGACAUGUGGAUGAACUUCAUCGCCACCAAGGACCAGCUGCAGAAGUUCGGCCACCAGGCCAACGACCUCGUGGUGCAGUGCACCUACAACGCACGCAACUGCUUCGACGAGAGCCAUUCGAUCCUGCGUGUCGAAGCAUACCCUUCACCUCGAUACGGACUCUGCCAGACGAUCCGCUUGGCCAAUGAUUCCAUGCGAAAAGUUCGGAAGACGGGUCCCACUUUGGGAAUGCGCUUAACCCUGAACAUCGAGCGCAGCGAGUACCUGGACAUAAUCUCGCCCGAGUUUGGAGCUCGGAUUCUGAUUCACCCGCUUGGCACGCUGCCCAGCCUUGAACGGGGAGGAAUAACACUCACACCUGGGAGCAAGAGCUACAUCAGCAUAAGAAUGCGCAAGAUCGAGAGGCUGCCUGAACCAUAUCGUGGAUGCAGCAUGAGUUUCAACGAUAGCAGGAUCACACCGUACCUCCGCGAAGUGGGCCUCGACGACCUGAUUCAACGCUCCAUCUACACGUUCGACUUUUGCCAGACACUGUGCCGCGAAGCGGCACUGCUUCGAACAUGCGGUUGCCUCGACGAACUUUCGACUUCCGGACGGGCCCCUUGUGACCUUUGCAACGUCACUCAAGCUCGGUGCCGUACACGUUACCUGCGGUCCUACACGUCCUCCAGCGGAGGCCAGCAGUGCAAGGCGCUUUGCCUUCCAGAAUGCGUGGAGGUGCGGUACGACCUGACGACCUCCCAAUCGGAGUGGCCGAACUUCCGGCAGCAGGCGUGGGCCAUCAAGAGGUGGCCUCUGCUCAACAAGAGGAUGCAGGACGCUGGCAUCCGCUGGCAGGAGGUGCUCAACACCACCAAUGACCGCUCCUUCUUGGACGAACUGCUAGCCUUCAGGGGCAACUUCAUGAGGGUGCACAUAUAUAUCCAGGAAAUGAACUACCUCUCCGUCCGCGAUCUUCCUGCAUACCCCCUGCCGCAGCUGUUCGCCGACCUGGGCGGAUGCUUGGGCCUCUACAUCGGCGUGUCGGCCAUCACCAUAUUCGAGUUCCUGGAGCACGUCUUUCUGCUCGUGAACCACUUGUGCGAGAGGCACUGCGGUUGCUGCAAGAGGCAGCGUGCAUCGCAGCGUCCGAAGGCCGAAUGGAGGCACCCGCCGCCCGCGCGAGACGAGAAAGCCGACGAGUAUCGUACGGGAGGCGAACAGCAGCAACGGCGCAAGCCCUGGUCCUUCCUGAUCCGCGAUCGGGAGUACCCCGUGCUGGGCAGGCCCCCGUCGCGCUCUCCUCUCUUCCGCACCGUGUACUCGAGCUCCAGAGAUUACGCAGCGCCACCUGCCGGAGCUCCGACGAGGAGGCCGCUCUAUCUGGGUUACACCGUUCCCCAGCACGUCGACGACGAUGGCGGAUUUUUCGGCAGGCGCUUCCAAACAAACAAGGACUCUUUGGUGGCCAGGGUGCGGAGCCAUCGCAGCGAUGAAUCAAGAGAACACAUUAGACCUCGUAUUCUCUGACAUUCCGUCACUAUGUGGAUAUUAGCCGACAUGUAGGACGUCCUCACCUCAAGGCAGCAAAUUAUACUAGCCUUUAGCACAUUUAACGGAUAGCUGGUACACUAGACGGAACGGUCAUCAUAGAUGUCACAAUAAGCGCACUGGUCAUCGAAGAUGACAUUAAGCCCCGCUUUGUUGCCUGGCUUUUUCGCAGUACUUCUUGUAGUUCUUGCUAUAUACUAGUAAGUCAGGAAAUAGGUCGUCGCACCUAGAAGCUUCCUUGAUUUUCGCCACCGGCGUUAUGGACCUGUUUU